AAUGAUGUAUUAUACACUGCUUAUUGUCCUACCAAGAAAGGGGAUGGUCAAAAGGGACAAUGUGUGACAAAUGGUGAUAAAAUUAGUGCUGGGUUUAUAUGGUUGUUAACGAUGCUCGAGGCUCUUAAUGAGGAGUGUUCUGAAAAUGAAAAAGACCAUUAUUUUGAAUAUGCUAUUUUAUGGUUAAGUUCUAAAAGUAAUAUAAUUAAUCCUGGUUCGUAUGUUAGUAUAGAUGGUAUUUAUAAUAUUCUUGAAAUAAAUAAUUCCUUUUGGUAUAAUCAAUUUCGUGAUAAAGUAAAUAAAAAAAAAAAAUCAAUGAAUUUUGGUGAUUACCAUAUGUGUAAUCUAUAUAAAUUACUUAAUGAAUUAUGUACUCUAAUUACUAAAUAUAACCAAGAUAGAUCAAACCCAGAAGCAUAUUUAGAAUAUGCUAAUAAAUGUGCUGAAACAUAUAAAAAUCUUGUUACGAAAGCCUCUGCGGUUAAAAAUUGCGAUUCAUAUUGUGAUGUGCUGUCUACUUUAAAAAGUGAAUAUGAUAAAUUUAAAGAAGAAAAUAAAGAUCCAGAAUGUCAACUUCCUGAAUUUAAUGGAAUAGAAAGUUGUAAGGAUUUAUGUAAACAAAAAAAACAAAAAGCGGAGAAUGAUAAGGGUUUAGGAGAUGGACUGGUUGAUGGGAAAGUAGAAAUAGAUGUCGUACCAGAUGAUAAUCAAAGAAAUCAAGAAGAAUCAAGAAGUGGACAAGGUGCUACAAAUAGUGUUCCAGGAGAAAGGCGGCCUCAAAACACACCAGGAAUAACUUUGAUAGUUGGUCGGUCCGUUUUUACGAGCGUAUUAAAUAGCACUUUCAAUUUUGCUGAAACAUAUGAGGAGAAAAUUAUAAAUAUCUCUAAUGAAAUACCUGAUGUAUAUAAUAGAACUUUAGAUAAUAUAAAAAAUGGUUUCGGUGAAUCUAUUAAUUUUUUUAAUGAAAUUAUUGAGAAUAUAAAUUCCGACUCUAAAAAGGUAGAAAUACAUGAUGAUUCAAGGUAUAAAAGACAUGAACCACACGGCACAGGGGAUAAAUCACCCACAUCUAAUGACUCACCACCGCCCCAAGAAACUCCAUCUGAAGCUUCAUCGCCAUCAAGUUCUACGGAACAAACUAAAACACCAGAAUCGUCUCAUGAAUUAUCUGAAAAAGAAAAUUAUGAUAAAACGGAUCAAAAAGGUUCUAUAAAAACAGUGCCAAAAUCAGUGAUUAAACUAAAAAAUCCAGUAACCGAAGUAACAGGAAAUGGAACAACAGGAAUAGAUGUUAAUAUACUCAAAAAAUACAAACCAAUUGGAAUUUCAAUUAUAAUGCUUUUAAUACCCAUUGCUUUAGCUAUUAUGUUCAAGUAUUUUUCAUUUGGAUGGAGAAAGGAAUUGAAGAAAAAAAAAAAACAUGAAAAAGGUUAUAAAUAUGUUUGGUGGAAAUGA